UUUGAGUAAGGUCCCAAUUUUUUUUAUAUUUCGAACAAUGACACUUUCUCAUGAUUCUAUGACAAUGAUUUUUUUUAAUAGGCUUACUCAUGAUUCUUGAUACUGAUUCUUUAUAGGAUCACUACUUAUGAAUUCAUAUAUGCGGAUGUAAUGAUAAUUUUUUAACUUUGCUUUGAGGAUACCCUUCUCCUUUGUUUUAUCGUGCUGGGUCCAACUAUCCAUUUCGCUGAUUUUUAUAGUAGGCUCCAGAAGCUGAAAUUGGUCAUUUAUGCAUCUCUUUCUAUCUAUAUAUUCUUUAAUUGAUUGGUUUGAUGAAAAUCAGGGUGAUUUGAAUGGUGCUGGUGCUUACACAAACCAUAGGUGAGUUUUGGCAAAAACUCCUAUCCUCACUAUCUAGAUUAGAUAAUGGCCCGCUGGGCAUGAGAAUGUUGCCUAUCCAUUCAUCUUUUUUCACAGAACUAGCAGAAAGUUCUCUUAACACAUCCAUCCAAUCUUCUUCUCUCCUCUUUCUCUCUCUCUUAUUUAUUAUUAUUAUUUUUUGUCUGUCAACACCAAGUUGAUGAGAGAUGGAGGAAUUAAUGUGAUCAAGAAAGCCAUCGAGAAGCUGGGCCUGCGACACAAGGAACACAUUUAUGCAUACAGAGAGGGAAAUGAAAGAAGAUUGACAGGUCGUCAUGAAACUGCAGAUAUCCUCACAUUUUCUUGGGCUACCAAGGAUGCUGGUGUUAUUGCUGGAAUGAAUGUAGCCAGGAUAAUCAAUGAACCAAUAGCCGCAGCCAUUGCCUAUGGUUUGGAGAAGAAAGGUGGGGAGAAAAACAUCCUUGUGUUCGACCUUGGUGGUGGGACAUUCGAUGUCAGUAUCUUGACAAUUGAUAAUGGGAUUUUUGAGGUUCUAACCACAAAUGGAGACCCAUCUUGGAGGGAUGAUGAUUCGGAGGAGCUAGAGAAAUGCAAUGUAUUGUUGAUGGGUCCAACUGGCUCAGGUGAAAGAUUUGGAUGUGGAACUUGAAAGUACUAAGCAGAAAAGUAAACAAAACUUGCAACAAGCCAUCUUAAUUGAAAGGGAAAGAGUUACUCAAAUGCAGUGGGAUAUGGAAGAACUUCGUAGGAAGUAUUUGGAGAUGGAGUCGAAGCUAAAGUUCGAACAGGUUCCUUUUUUGUAAUUCUUAUGAUAGGUUGAGCAAAGUGAAGUAUUGUUUAUUUAAAAAUGUGAAUGUGGGUUGCAUUGUAUGAUUUGAUUGCUAUUUGUAAUAAAUGCAUCAUUUUUUU